AUGAAUUGUUUGACUAUUCACAAGAUCUUUUCUUUCUUUCUCUUGAAGGCAUAUGAUGGAUUUGCCAGCAUAGGAAUUUCCCGAUUAUUGGAACCUUCUGAUAUGGUUUUAUUAGCAAUUCCUGACAAACUGACUGUUAUGACUUACCUUUAUCAAAUAAGAGCACAUUUCAGUGGCCAAGAACUAAAUGUUGUUCAGAUAGAGGAAAACAGUAGUAAAAGCACAUAUAAAGUUGGAAACUAUGAAACAGAUACAAACAGUUCUGUUGAUCAGGAAAAAUUCUAUGCAGAACUUAGUGAUCUGAAACGUGAGCCUGAACUGCAACAGCCUACCAUUGGAGCCGUGGACUUCUUAUCACAGGAUGACUCUGUAUUUGUAAAUGAUAGUGGCGUUGGAGAGUCAGAAAGUGAACAUCAGACUCCUGAUGACCAUCUUAGUCCAAGCACAGCUUCCCCAUACUGUCGCAGGACUAAAAGUGACACAGAACCCCUAAAGUCCCAGCAGAGCUCUGGAAGGACUUCAGGAUUUGAUGACCCUGGAAUAUGUUACAAUACAGAUUCAACUCACGCCCAAGUUUUGUUAAGCAGAAAGAGACUAUUGAAAGCUGAGACUUUAGAAUUAAGUGACUUAUAUAUUAGUGAUAAGAAGAAAGAUGUAUCUCCAACCUUUGUUUGUGAGGAGACAGAGAAACAAAAACCCCACACUUUAGACAUUGGUAGUAACUUGGAGCAAGAAAAAUUAGAGAAUUCCAGACACUUAGAGUACAAAUUAGAUCCUGAAUCACCUAUCAAAAAACCAAGUUUAUCUCCUACUUCUAAACUUGGAUACUCGUACAACAGAGAUGCAGACCUUGCGAAGAAAAAACGUACUUCCCUGAGGCAGACAGAGUCUGAACCAGAUGCUGACAGAACCACUUUCAAUCAUGCAGAUCAUUCUGCAAAAACAGUUCAGCAUCGAAUGUUAUCGAGACAAGAAGAACUUAAAGAAAGAGCAAGAGUUCUGCUUGAGCAAGCAAGAAGAGAUGCAGCUAAAAAGGCAGAGACCAAACAGACUACCAAUGCAGCCACACCACUCUGCAACAGACAGCUAAGUGAUCAGCAAGAUGAAGAGCGACGUCGGCAGCUGAGAGAGAGAGCUCGUCAGCUAAUAGCAGAAGCUCGAUCUGGAGUGAAGAUGUCAGAACUUCCCAGCUAUGGUGAAAUGGCUGCAGAAAAGUUGAAAGAAAGGUCAAAGGCAUCUGGAGAACAAAACACUAAGGUGGUAGACUUGAAGCUGAAGAAACUCCUAGAAGCUCAGCCACAGGUGGCAAAUACACCUUCCAUUGCUGCUCAGAAAGCUGUAGCUGAGAGCUCAGAAGAAGACUUUAAGAAUGGCACAGAAGAUCUCCGGACUGAGCGAUUACAAAAAGGAACAGAACGCUUUAGAAAUCCAAUUGUGUUCAGCAAGGAUUCUACAGUCAGAAAAACUCAACUUCAGUCUUUCAGUCAAUAUGUUGAGAAUAGACCAGGUAGAAACACUUUUUUAAAUGUUCUCCAAUCUUAUGAUUUAACAGUAUUUAACUAUAUAUAUAUAUAUAUAUAUAUAUUAAAAAGCUGA